UGGCUGCUUCCUGCUUCCUGGAUGUGCUGCGCGCUCCCGUAACGCUUGCAUUCCGUUUGCGCUCACGUGUUUUCUGUGUAUAAAAAGCUCACAGUCGCUGCUCAGCAUGCUCAGUGUGUCUCCGGACAAGCGGCGAAAGAUGGAGUCGGCACUCAACCAGUUGAAGAAGUACACCGUAGUGGUGGCCGACACAGGAGACUUUAACGCCAUUGAUGAGUACAAGCCUCAGGAUGCAACCACCAACCCUUCUCUGAUCCUCGCCGCUGCCAAAAUGCCAGCAUAUCAGAACCUGUUGGAUCAGGCUAUCAAAUACGGGAUCGCCAAGGGCGGAACUGAGAACGAGCAGAUUGCCAACACCAUGGACAAGCUGUUUGUGAGUUUUGGUCUUGAGAUCCUCAAGAAGGUCCCAGGCAGGGUCUCAACUGAGGUGGACGCCAGACUGUCUUUUGACAAAGAUGAAAUGGUGGCCAAGGCUUUGAGGCUUAUCGCACUCUACAAGGAAGCUGGGAUCAGCAAGGAGCGGGUGCUCAUCAAGCUGUCAUCCACAUGGGAGGGAAUCCAAGCUGGCAAGGAGCUUGAAGCCAAGCAUGGCGUCCACUGCAACAUGACGCUGCUUUUCUCUUUUGCACAAGCAGUAGCUUGUGCAGAAGCAAAGGUAACGCUCAUCUCGCCUUUUGUUGGGCGCAUCUUCGACUGGUACAAGGAAAACACAGACCGCAAAACCUACGAGCCCCAUGAAGAUCCAGGUGUUCAGAGUGUGACAAAGAUAUACAACUACUACAAGAAAUUUGGUUACACCACUGUGGUCAUGGGUGCUUCUUUCCGAAACACGGGACAAGUGAAAGCCCUGGCUGGAUGCGACCUGCUCACUAUCUCUCCUGGGCUGCUUGCAGAGCUCAGUCAGGACAACAGCGUUGUCGCAGAGACGCUUUCCAUGGACACAGCAAAGAAUUGCAAUCUACCAAAGGUCCACUUGGAUGAGAAGGACUUCCGCUGGCAGCACAAUGAGGAUCGCAUGGCAGUUGAAAAACUGUCUGACGGCAUCCGCAAGUUCGCUGCGGACGCCGUUAAACUGGAAACAAUGAUCAAAGAGAAAAUGCUCCAUGUUAAGAAUGGUCAGUAAAACACAUGGGCAAUAUCCUGCUGCAUUGAUGCAAGUUUUUAAGAGUCAGAACUCUGCCAUGUUUGCUAGAUUUCAUUUGACAGACAUUUGAAAGCACUAAAAAACAUUCCCAAUCCAUCUGACCAAAAUCAGGAAACUCCCUCAUGAAAGAAAGACUAUCUCCCAUCCAAUCUUUGGAUGGAGCCAAGUUUUAUGUGACCUAACAAUUAUAAAAUGCUUCUGUUAUGGAAUCAUAACAAGAUGGGGAUAAAUCAUUCUAGAGUUACAUAAUGAGACGACUAGUUCUAGAUCACAAACACAUUUAACCAGAAGAACCAGUGUUUGAAUUGACGAUCAAUGAAUGAAGCAAUUGUGUACCGCCCAUCCCUAAAUUUCUGUUUUUCUUGCCAAGAAAUAUAAUAAAUAUGAAUUCUAAGCAGUUUAAUUGUUGCUCUCUUGUGUUCCAAUUAAAUACUGUACGUACAUGUGGAUAUAAUUGUUGGUAGCCAUCCUUUAAAAAAAAAAAAGGGUCAUUCUUGCAACUGUCGAAUAUACCCUAUUUUAAUUAUAAUUGUUGGUAGUCAUCCUU